AUGACCCCUUCUUCCAAAUCAACACAAUCACUCGAAGAUGUGAUAGAACGUUACGUAAAUAUUUCAGAACAUGAUCGAGACAAGAGCUGUGGCAUUCAAAAUCGAGAGUAUUUGCUCAACAUCCUGAAGAAGCUCAAGGUUGAGGAUGAUAUGGCUAUUCAAGUUGCAAAUCCUGAUCAUGCUAUGAAUUUAAAUAUGGAGGAACUCCAGCUAGAAGUUCGUAAUUUGCAACAUCAACUUUAUAUGGCCGAGGAACAGUUAAGGUUAUACGAGCCUGAUCCUCUAAAAUUUUCGUCAAUGAUGGAACUUGAAUCAUGUGAGAAGACUCUUUUGGAUACCAUGGCACGUCUUGAUGAGAGAAAGGACAAAGAAAAUGAAACUUCUGACAUUCCACCUUUAACUAUGCAGAUGUUCUUAGAUACAAACGGGGGCUGCCAGACUUUGAAAAUGAUAUUGCAAGUUGGUUGCCUGAAAAUGGAAACAACCACAGUUCUGUUCGCGUAG